AUGUCUGACACACCAACUACUGUUAUUGAAAAAAGUUUGCAUAUCGAUGAGGUAAGUAGAACAUUUUGAAUGGAAAGUGAUACAGGUUCAAUAGAAUGAACCAAAUUUUUAGAAACAUUUUUUCAAGCUACAGUACCUUUGAAAUUUCAUACACUCGGAAAUGACUCAAUUUUUUUUAGAAUAAACUUGACAAAUUAUUAAAUUAGUAUUAAAAUCAGAAGUUGCAGUUUGCUAAUUCCGAAACUCUAUCAAAUCGAUGUCUUCGAGAUGAAGAAGAAGUUAUGACAAUUUGUGAGAAUAUCGAAUACGAUGGAGAGGAGCAUCUUUUCAUAGAUCAGGUUUGUGCUCUCACACCAAAAACCAAAAAAGUUCAAAGAUCUUGUCAAAAGGUUCCACUUGAAACAUUGUUGUGA